GUCAGCUGACGCUAGCAGUGUCUCAGUCUAAUCAGUCCGCUUGAGUCUAGGCCUUUGAGAGUUAGUCAUUGCCGGUGAGAGGUUGAUUCACAUUGGAAUUCAAUGGUUUUAUCUGGCUGACCAGUCGUUCAACAACACCAUCUUGCUUUCUAGCUAAUGGUAGAAGUAGACUGCUUUUUGUGUUGUUCUGAUUUGUGGUGGUGUUGUUGACAAAUAGUGGCAUGUUUCUCACUGCUAGCGGUUAGCUAACGUUAAUGCUAACCUAGCCAGCUAGCUUCUUUAGCUAGCUAACCAGUUGUCAUUCAUUGAUUAUAACUUUCCAUUUUAGUUUUCGUUAACGUUAAUUGGUUGGUUUACUAACCAACGUUAGCUAGUCGAGAUGGUGGUUUUAGAUUUAGACUAGUUAGCUAGCUAUGUCGCUCUGAUUUACUGCGACGAUGCUAACGUUAUGUUCGGUAAUGACGUGUGGACGACCAAAACAACUUCGCUUCAGACAGUAGUUAAGGUUUUCACUGAAGUGUUUGACUUACAAUUAAAUAACCGGAGGUUUACUUAACUAAUGAUAUUAGAAGAAGAAGCUAAGUUAGAGAGAGCGGUUUAAAUGGCAAGAAUUAGAAUUGAGCCAGGUAAUGGACUUCAGUCAGCAGAGUCCACCAAAAGUUUGCGGGACACCAGAGAAAGCCUGGCACUGACAGAUGGAGAAGUCAACUCUUUCGGUUCGGACUCAGAACUAAAUGGCUAUACCAGCGAGAGACAGACGGAUAAAUAUGGAUUUAUUGGGGGUGCACAACAAUAUUCAGAACAAUCGUAAGUAAGACCCAUCUGUUUAUAAUUUUCCAUCAGAAAUGAGGUAGCCAAGCUCUGUUUGUGGCUGACAAAAUUGUCAAAGUGCAUCUUCCUUCCAGAUUAGUCACCUGGUUGACCCCAUCUGUCUUCACAUACCACUUUACUGUUUGUUAUUUUCUAAUAUGCAAUUCACAUUUGAAUCAGUAGCCUGUUGUUUGCGAUAUAACUCCAGUGGAUGCUCUCCACCAAAGACAGUGUCAUCCUUACAUUUUACAUUUUGAGUCAUUUAGCAGACGCUCGUAUCCAGAGCGACUUACAGUAGAGUGCAUACAUUUUGGUACUUUUUCAUGCUUGUCCCCCGUGGGAAUCGAACCCACAACCCUGGCGUUGCAAGCGCCAUGCUCUACCAACUGAGCCACACAGGAGGACUUGGAGGUUAACAGAAACAGUUAUUCCUCUCUCGCUCUGUCUUACACUCAGAAGAGAGUCCCUUGCUAGCCUUUAGUAACACAUGCCCUGUCCAGAAUGACCCCCUACCCCACCCUUAGCAGGUUUAGUUUGCUGCUCUGUGAACCUCUUGAGGAAGCUGUGGACAGAGUGUCUGGUCAGACAAGAUGGAUGAGAAAGCCUCUAUCAUGUAAGCCUCUAGCAUCACUCAGAGUAACUGAUAGCAAUAGGACCCGCAGUUCUCCCACGGUCCCUUGGUGUAUCAACCCUCUUCCUAUCUUUCCACCCUCUCAGCAGCUACUCUUCCCGGGGUCUAAACAGGGUUAAAACAGUUACAUCACCGCAAAACACAACAGCCUAGAUAAUAAAUAAAACAAUGCAUCAUACAAUACAUUAUUAUUACUCUAAUAUUAAACAUUUACAAUAUAAAAUCCACAAUACCAGAACAUCACAAUGUGUGUGUGUGUGUCCUCACAGUCCGCGUUGUUGUUUUAUCCGUUUUUUUAAUGCGAUUUUACUGCUCGCUUGAAUUACUUGACGCGGAAGAGUUCCAUGUAGGCAUGGCUCUAUGUAGUACUUUGCGUUUCCCAGAGUCUGUUCUGGACUUGGGGACUGUGAAGAGACCCAUGGUGGCAUGUCUUGUGCGGUAUGUAUGGGUGUCUGAUCUGUGUGUUAGCUGUUUGAAAAGACAGUUUGGUGCUAUCAAUACCUCUCUCAAAGACAAGUAGUGAUGCAGUCAAUCUCUCCUCUAUGUUGAGCCAGGAGAGAUUGACCACGUUUAUAUGCGCACAGUAUUCUGGGUAAUAGCUCAAAUCCCGCUUAAGGUCUUAUUCGGGAUAAGUUGUUUACAUGCACCUUUGAUAUCCCGCUCAGAGUAUCCCUGUAACCAUGAAUAAACAGAAUAUUCAUAAUUUAAAUUCAUAAGGGUUAAAUGGAAUAGUAACUGAAAAUGGACACUGACUGUAGGCCUAUAACCGCUCACAUAUAGCGUUAUAUAAUAUUAACUCCUGCUGAACUAUGCAUUUCUUGCAGUAGAAUUAUAGAACAAAUGUUAGUUUUGUCUCGGGAACAGAAGUGGAGAAAUAUUAUUUCCUUUCAGCAUCUCUUGAGACAAUGCGAAUGUGCGUGUUAUGUGUUAUCUUCAACAAUGUUAUGCAAGCAGACAGUAGUUGGCAAUAUCAGAGGGUUUUGUGAUGAAUGAGCCAUCUGUCUUAUUUAUAUAUACACUACCAGUCAAAAGUUUGGACACCUACUCAUUCAAGGGUUUUUCUUCAUUUUUUAUUUUCUAUACAUUGUAGAAUAAUAGUGAAGACAUCAAAACUAUGAAAUAACACAUAUGGAAUCAUGUAGUAACCAAAAAAGUGUUAUACAAAUCAAAAUAUAUUUUAUAUUUGAGAUUCUUCAAAUAGCCACCCUUUGCCUUGAUGACAGCUUUGCACACGCUUGGCAUUCUCUCAACCAGCUUCAUGAGCUAGUCACCUGGAAUGCAUUUCAAUUAACAGGUGUGCCUUCUUAAAAGUUAAUUUGUGGAAUUUCUAUCCUUCUUAAUGCCAAUCAGUUGUGUUGUCACAAGGUAGGGGGUUAUACAGAAGAUGGUCCUAUUUGGUAAAAGACCAAGUCCAUAUUAUGGCAAGAACAGCUCAAAUAAGCAAAGAGAAACCACAGUCCAUCAUUACUUUACUUUAAGACAUGAAGGUCAGUCAAUACGUAGCAAGAACUUUGAAAGUUUCCUCAAGUGCAGUCGCAAAAACCAUCAAUAACAUAAAUUGAGUUUUAAAAUAAAUAAAUAUUUUCUCUAAAUAAGCGUUGUAAAAUUAAAGGUCAAAUAAACAGCAUUUCAAACAGUCAGCAAUAAUCUAAUGAAUUCAGGGCUUGUGAAGUUAUACCUAGGCUAAAUCUAAGCCUUCCACAACCAUAACACCCACUAAUAACUUAAUUAUUUUAUCAAAAUAGUUGAACCUGCUUUUUGAUUGCGGUAAUCACUGAUCUGGCUUUCAAGUCUGUCUUUGAAAAUGCCCUUUUUUGUUACAAAUGUAACUAGAACCAUGCGUAAUGCACAUUCACUAAUGACCAACUCUUCAGUUUCAUCAGCUGUCCGGGUGGCUGGUCUCAGACCAUCCCGCAGCUGAAGAAGCAGGAUGUGGAGUUCCUGGGCUGGCGUGGUACAUGUGGUCUGCGGUUGUGAGAUCGGUUGGACGUACUGCCAAAUUCUUUCAAAUGACAUUGGAGGUGGGUUAUGGUAGAGAAAUUAACAUUAUCUGGCAACAGCUCUGGGGGACAUUCCUGCAGUCAGCAUGCCAAUUGCACGCUCCCUCAACUUGAAACAUCUGUGACAUUGUGGUGUGUGACAAAACUGCACAUUUUAGUGUGGCCUUUUAUUGGCCCUAGCACAAGGUGCACCUGUGUAAUUAUCAUGCUGUUUAAUAAGCUUCUUGAUAUGCCAAACCUGUCGGGUGGAUGGGUUAUCUUGGCAAAGGAGAAAUGCUCACUAACAGCGAUGUAAACAAAUUUGUGCACAAAAUUUGAGCGAAAUAAGCUUUUUGUGCGUAUGGAACAUUUCAGGGAUCUUUUAUUUUAACUCAUGAAACAUGGGACCAACACUUUACAAGUUGCGUUUAUAUUUUUGUUCAGUAUAGAAUUUUCAUUGUUGGACAUAAAAUACUGUAAAAAUACCAGGAAAUCAGCUCCAAAAGAGAUUUACAUUUUGGAAAUCUGUUCCCAAGUAUUCCCACACAUAAUAGAGAGACGUGAUCGUAUACAAACGUAAGCAAGGUUUGAAAUGAUCUGUUUGGGAUUCGGUCAAAUUGCAGUCUACAAAUUAUUUGUAGUUAUGUUCCAGCCCCCCGACCAUCUGCUCAAGAAAAAAUCGGCCCGCGGCUGAAUCUAGUUGAUGAUCCCUGCAUUAGGCUAUAGAAAAUUAACACAGGUCUCAUCAAUAAUCUCUCAAGCCCAGGUGCUAGUGAUUAGCCAGCUAAUCUUUAUAUUUCAAGUUUGGCCAACUUUGAUCUAUCUGCUAGCUAACAAGGUUGAACAGUUGAAUUGUUAUGAACACACCCUUCUGUCUGUCUCCAAAUGUUUGAAAAGCAUGUUAGCCUGUCCAUUUUGUUCAUAUGUUGAAAUCAAGUGCCUUCUUAUUUCUCAGAAUGAAACAUUCCUUAUAUAAUUGUGUUUUAUGCUUAUUGGAUAUUUUAUAAAACACAGACUAGACAUCUAGAAUAACAGUAUUUGGCAAAAAUGCUGCUAACAGUAUGUGGUACCCCAAUGCUGCGCGUGACAAACUGAGCAUUCAUUUUCCAGAAUCAAUGUUCAUUGAUACUCUCAUUUUAGUAGUGUCUGCUCUGCGCGCAACUUGAGUAGUUGAGACAUAAAAAAUGUAUCGUUAGAAAAGUUAACUUCUCCUCUAUUACAGUCAAUGUGUUUUAGUGUCCAUAUGACCGAUUCUGUUGGACCAAACCUCAAAUGCAAAUACAGAGUUGAAACUGCUUGUCAGAGAGAAAGAUGUGAUCUCUCAACUUUGUUGGCGUGAGGGGGAGGGGCUUUGUGUGUGUAAACCAUAGAGGAAGAGGCGAAUCGAGAGGUUUCACUCUUGCUAAAAUCUGUCCAAAAUAAGGCGUGCGUUUCUAUGGGCUUAUUUUGGACCUAAGCUUGUCGUCUGCCUUCCCGCCUUUGGGACAACGACUCUCAUUGUUAGGGCAGAGACAUGAGCAUCUCGUCAUUAUAUACAGAUCUCUGUUAUAAAUGGGAAGGUGCACACAGGAGCGAAUGAGACGAGACCAAAAAUACAACAUGAGAACAAGCAAACAUAAAUGCUCAUAAAAACGAAAAUUAACAAAACCUAGAUUCUUGCGAUACAGGCAUUUGGAAUAUCGCACAAAAACAUAUUUGAAUUAAUCAAAUUAAUUUGAUAUCACCCAGCCCUAACCUAUGAAUUGUUAAGUGAUUAAAACUUGUAAUUCUGUUACCAAAUCAGUAACAUAAUUACAAUCCCUUCCACUUGCAUUCUGUUAUGUUAAGCUCAUAACUGUUUUUUUUCUCUUUCUGUUGUCUGGUGGUCUAAGCGAGAGUAUGAAAACAGUCUGGACAACCCCUCCCUCGUUCUCUCUCUGCAUCUCGCUUCUCUCUCUGCGUCUUGCUUCUCUUUCUCCGGUUAAUGUGACCUCUCCCGGCUCUUACUGACACCUACCCAUGAGCCCCCUCUCUUCCAUUAACAGUAACCAGCAUCCGCACCAACUGAGCACCGAACCAACACUGGUGUCCAUGGACAUUGAAAAGUAGUUGAAAUUUGAUUUCAGCCUUGAUUUCAAUGUCCACGGACCAAAAAAUGUGGGCCUUGAUUUCAACGUCUAUAGACAUAGAUUUUUGGUCCGGACCAAAUCUGAACCAAUCAUAGAUGUCUAUGUUUCACAAGUUUGGACAGUGCAGUGUGUAGAAUAAUACCCAUAUAUGCAAAGGAGGAUAUUGCAUAUUUCUAUCUUUGUGUACCUAUUCAGGAUACAUCACCAUGAAGAGAAUGACUUUCAUAUCCAUAAUGAUGCAUGUCUGUGUUGUACAGAUCAGGGACCCAUGAUGAAAUUCUGUUACCGUAAUUCUGUUACCUGGUGUAAAUCCACUUCACUUGCUGUAGUUCAACAACCAAAAUAGAUUUUUUCAAACUCAAGGUGUCAUGUCAUAGCUGACACCCCAUUCUUUCUGCAGACAUCGUUGCAUCUUAAUUCGUAGCAGAUAUUUAGCAUAGUUUUUGGAAAACAUGGACGCAUAAAAAAAAUGAAGGGAGAUUUUACUGAAAUUCUGUUACCAAACUUUGCAUCUGCACAGUUCUUCAGUAAAUGUGUUUUUGUACAAUGUUCAGUGUACAUUUUAAAAAUUAGGCCUUUUGCAUACAGUUGUAUGGUUUGUUAAACGUUGAAAUCAAUGGUUUUUGUUUGGCAUACAUUUUAAGGGAUUCUGUUACCUUGGAAUUGCCCAUUGGCAUGCUGCUAUUGUAUUGAACCAUCAACACUUAGGAUGGGCUAGUUGUUUAUAGACUAUAGUAGACCUGGGUGCUUUGGUUUAAUUCAUUGGCCAUUAAAUUUUUUUGUGAGACUCCGUCUCAGCCAAGUCAUUGUUGUCUGUACUGUUACAAAUUGAGACGUUUAUGACAUUCCAACAGAUAAUUAUCAGUGGACCCUUUCGCUGCUAUCCACUCCUCACACAAGGGGAGUCCGUGAAGAUUCUGGAAGUCCUGCAGUACCUUGAAUAAUCAGUUCCAGAAAUGAGAUGUUUUGUGGAUUAGCCUACAUGGUAUGACGACAAGGUUUUCUCCAUUGUAAAAAGCAAGAGCACAAUAUAGCCUCUAGUUCUGGGAUUGACUGUCUAAAACCGCUUAGGUUAGUUUGUUGUUUUUAAGUUGUUUACUGCUGCCAUGGUCACUUGACAGCCUUUGUGUUGUAUGGCAUUGUUUUUCCCUCAUUUUGCUUACCGAUGUGGUAUGUUAGGCCGGGUACUGCUGCCUUGUUAAGUGCUUUUGACUCAUAGUCAUGUAUUUUCUACACUUAUGGCUUUUUGCCACUGAGUGCAACAUGAACCGCUGAUUCUCAGCAAAACAGAAUACCGGCCUGAUGUGUCACCACUUGUUCUGAACAAACGCCUUCUAACUCGUCUGUUUACAGCCUAUUGUGAUGUGCAUUUCUCUCCAGUGUUUAGGCUCCCAGUGAGCGGUUGCUGAGCAAGAGUAGGACUGGGGAGGUAACAGAAGUAAGGGGAAGUUCUAUUAGAACUUCCUGUUUUUUGUGUGCUUCGCAGGUUGUGGCAAGUGUCCCACUGUUUUGUCUGAGGAUGGAUUUCCUGUGAGGAGUAUGAGGAGUAGGAAGGGAUCAGCCGCUGCCCUGCUCCUUCCCCCAAGAGUGCCAGGAUGUGAUGAAAAGAAUGCCACAUCCCAGCACACUGCUCUGUUUGUAUGGUGUUUUGUAUUUGAGAGUGUGUGCUCAGAAUAGGGUUGGGCCGAUAUAUGAUUGUAUUGUGAUAUUUGACAUUGACGAUAUAUCGUGAAGUGCAAGUCUAUACUCUAUUUAAACUUUACAGAUCAAAACUAUGCAGUUUAAUCAGUUAGGCUGUAUCAAUAUAAAUUAAUUAACUAAGCCUUAUUUUAUUGCCACACAGAGAUGAUUUAAUGAGAAUAUGACUAUAAUAUUGUAAGUACGCACAAAAUUCACAGUCAUUCGUGUAGCCUACAACAGACAACCUAGUUUCAUUCAUUCAUCCCUGAGAAAAAGGCUAGGCUAAAAAUAAAGCGUGUCAUGGUGUUGCGUGUUCACACCUCCUCUCUGCAUCCCCCUUGGUAAUUUGACCACAGUCGGUCCAGUGUACUGGGUGUGUCUGUCAGCUGGAUGCAAUAAAGAUGCUCUUUCUCUGAGAGACACUGAAACACACGCAGCCUCUUUAGGGCCCCUUUGAACCGCCCUCGCCUUCAUCCACUGCCCUUCUACCAAGGGAAGGAGCCCAAGCCCAGCAGUCCUCCAGAACUAUGUUGUCAGCUCUCUCUCUCUUGUUUUCAUCUGGAGAGGCAAAACAAUGGCAGCUAUUGUCCUUGUCUCUUAUCAUUUCUUGCAUUUCCGUUCUGGUUUCAAUGGACACAACGAUCAAAUGGCUCAAGUUUUCUAGCGAAAGAGUUGUUUCUGUAAGAAAAAGAAUGUACGCUCCUCUGGUGAAUGAUUUUCAGAAGCUACAGGAAGCAGCUUGUAUUUCUGUUUUCCUCCAAGACAACUUCCUGUGUGAGGGAUGGCUCUUCCUGUUUGGCCCUCGGCCCUCCCUCCUUCCCUCACUCGCCUCUCGUUUCACUGGUGUCUGUGUUGACAGCCUUUGCUUGUCAUGGGCUCCCGAGUGGCGCAGCGGUCUAAGGCACUGCAUCUCAGUGCUUGAGGCGUCACUACAGACCCCCUGGUUCGAUUCCAGGCUGUAUCACAACCGGCCGUGUUUGGGAGUCCCAUAGGGUGGCGCACAAUUGGCCCAGCGUCAUCCGGGUUUGGCCGGUAUAGGCCAUCAUUGUAAAUAAGAAUUUGUUCUUAACUGACUUGCCUAGUUAAAUAAAGGUAAAAAGAAAUGCCUCAAGUAAUACAUCCCUGAGUGUUUGUUUAGAGAGACAGGUGUGUAGCUACAGAGUAACCGUCUGUCUGUCCCUGACUCCCACAGAGCUGAAGACAUUCCUCCUGAGGUGCUGAGACAGAGGGAGGCCAAAUGGCUGGACAUGCUCAACAACUGGGACAAAUGGAUGGCCAAGAGACACAAGAAGGUCAGUAACUCAAACAUCAGCUGCGCAUCACUGGCUGAUAGGCUACCGAAAUCCCAUUGCUGACGAUAACAGCUUUCUUUAUAGAAAGCACGUUAACCUUGCAAGCUGUCAUGUGCCACCCCUACUAUUAUUGAGUGACCAGAAAAUAUGGAAGGAAAGUAAUUGAACACAUACUUGAACAACCUACCUUGACAUUCAAUCUAUUCCACUGAUGGAAUUCCCAUGAUUUUUAAACUAGUCUCACCGUGCAUGAUUAUGAUGAGUGGUUGUGACACUAGCGCUAACUCACUACCCCCAGAUGAAGCUGCGCUGUCAGAAGGGCAUCCCCCCCUCUCUGCGAGGCCGGGCGUGGCUCUACUUGUCAGGAGGAAAGGUGAAGAGGGAGCAGCACAAGGGCAAGUUCGAGGUCGGUCACUAACCACCACCGCUACACACUCAUUCAUACACACUCUUGUACUUUUACACAUAAAGCAUGUGAAUUCGGGGGACUGUGUGUUUUUAAGGAGCUGGACAGCCAGGCAGGAGACCCUAAGUGGGUGGAUGUGAUCGAGCGGGACCUCCACAGACAGUUCCCCUUCCAUGAGAUGUUUGUGGCAAGAGGAGGCCAUGGGUGAGUAGCUCUUUUGGCGUGGACCCAUGGCUACUUCUCAGUACAUGUUUGUUUUCGUAACCGAAUUGUGUGCGUGUGUAGGCAGCAGGACCUGUACCGUGUCCUGAAGGCCUACACACUGCACCGGCCUGAAGAGGGUUACUGCCAGGCUCAGGCUCCCAUCGCUGCUGUGCUGCUAAUGCACAUGCCUGCUGAGGUCAGUCCACAUACACACCAUCCCAUGUGUAUACAAAAAUGUUGAAUACUCUGUUACUCACGGUACAGGAAUGUGGCAUACACCACAGUCGUGCUCAAUUCAUGUUUUUUGCUUUAUUAACAGGAUGCAUUCUGGGGUCUGGUGCAGAUUUGUGAGAAGUACCUUCCUGGAUACUACAGUGCAGGGCUGGUAAGACUGUCCACAGACCUACCACACUGGUCCUCUAACACAAAGAAUACAAGGAACCAAGGUCACAUGCUGAAGAGAAUUCGCUGAUUGUUGGUUGUGACAGGGAGAGGUUUUAUAUUGGGGUUUAAAGAUCAGGAUACAGUUUGUUGGGUUUUCCCAAGGGCAGAGCUAGAGAGUAACUUAAAGAGCUUACCUGUCACUAAAAUACAGUUAAUCAUUAAUUCAGCAUGUUUAUCAUUGCCUGGAACUGCAGUGUCAUGGAAAAGAAAAGCUGGACAAUGUUAGGUGACACUCAUGUUGAAUGCAGGCAGGCAGGUCAUAUUAUUGGACCAGCUCUCUAGCUGGCAUGUGCUGCUGUCAUUGCAUGUCCUGUAGCCUGUUGUCUGUGACCAGCUAAUGACAAAUGGCCCUGAGUGAGCAGGUGACCAGGCAAUGUGGGCCAGUUAAUGAAACAUUAAAAAGAGGAAGGCGUCUGUUCUCUCUCUCUCUCCCUCACCCCUCCCUUCCUCUCGACCCCUCCAUUUGUCUCUUUCUCCCUCUCCUUUCUGAUGGUUGUUCCUGUAGGAGGCGAUCCAGCUGGAUGGGGAGAUCCUUUUUGCUCUGCUGAAGCGUGUGUCUCCUCUGGCCCACCGCCACCUGAAGAAGCACAAGAUGGACCCCAUCCUGUACAUGACGGAGUGGUUCAUGUGUGCCUUCUCCAGAACCCUUCCCUGGGCCUCAGUGCUACGUGUCUGGGACAUGUUCCUUUGUGAGGGUGAGACACAUAAUCUGUCAUUUAAUAGGAUCUCUGUGGUGUGCAAUAUGUUUAAUGUAAGUGGCUAUAUGAGACAUGUGCAAUGUGUAUGACAUGGGUAACAUGCAAUGUAUGUAAUAUGCUGAUUCCACACAGUAAACAUACACACGUAAAUUUUGUCCACCAGAGAGCACUCUCGGCGAGGCAUGCUCUUUAGACAGACUGACAUGGACACACACACACCCCAGCAUACUCAUCAUCACAGACACAUUCAAAGAUACAAAGAUACCCACACAAAUACGUCAUACCACACACUGACACAAUGACAAGUCUUAUCUCAGGACACUGAGACUUAAUCCGUUUUGGCUGGUGUUGUCCGGUCAUCCAGGAGUGAAGAUCAUCUUCCGGGUGGGCCUGGUGCUGUUGAAGUGCAUGCUGGGCUCCCAGGACAAGCUGAAGAUGUGUCAGGGCCAGUAUGAGACCAUGGAGCUGCUCAAGACCAUAGACACACGCUACAUGCUGGAGGCAUUCCUAGUGCGGGAGGUACACAACCACCAUCCACAGCCAGAAUUAUAGAACCAGAAACAUCAUACUGGAAAAUGCUCAGUGUCAUGGUUUUUAGCCACUUUGAGAAUAGCUGACAUGAAUGUGAUGAGACUGUGUCAUGGCUAUGUUGCAUGCUAAGGGCUAUGGUGUAAACUGAAAAAGACCCUACUGCCACAUAGUGGUACUUUAAUAAAACAGCAUUUUUUCUAUGAUUUCUACUACUUUGUCAAGCUGACAGGCUAUUAAGACUGCUAUGUUAACCACUGUUGUUAAUCUCUACCCCUUUUGCUCUGUCCCAGAUUAUAGAGCUGCCAUUGUCAGAGCGGGACAUUGAGAAGGAGCACCUGGCCCAGCUGCGGCACUGGAAGGAGACCCGGGGUGAGUUGCACUGCAAGUCCCCUCCAAGAAUGCACGGCGCCAAGGCUAUCAUGGCCGCUGAACCACCCAGUCGCCAAGACCUGAGACAGAACCCCACCAUCAUAGUUGAGUCGUCCCUGGCAACCAAUAAGAAUGGGGAGGGCCAGGAUGAGGACAAAGCUAGGAAAAAGACCAAAGAGGAGAAGAAGGGGAAGAAGAAGAACAGCUCCCCGACCCCGGUGGCGGCCAACCCUGAACCCAGCGACGCCUCUACCGAGCCCUCCCCACCCCUCAAAGACACACCCCUGCAGGGCUCCAAUCAGAGUCUGAUUAGCACAGAACAUGACACUUACCUGUAG